CUUUUUUCUUUUUUUUUUUAAAAUGAUUAAUUUCCUUUUGGGUCCCGUCGUCUCCACCGCCUCUCUCUCUCUUUCUCUAUCUCUAUCUGAGCGGAGGUCCCGGCGCUUCGCCUCGGGUGGGAGGAAGGAGGGGCGGCUGGUCGGAAUCCUGUUGGAACCCUAGAAUCGGAGGGGCUGGCGAUGGAUUCUCUUUUUGGAUAAGGAAGUUUCGUGUUUUUUUGUUUGUUGUUUUGCUCUGCGGAUCUGUCGCUUGUCGUGGGUGCCCUAGCUUUUGCGCAUCCCUUACUACUUUCCUGACUUCAACGAUCGGAGGGAGAUUUGGAGUUCGCGACCUGUGGGGGGAUAUUUUCUGCGGAUUUCCUUCGUCGGAGGUGGGAUCGAGGAGGCAGAAACCUAGGGGAUCCGACUCCCGGGUUUCUGCGGCGAGGAGAAUCUUUCUGGUGCUUAAAUGCUGGCGGAUGGUCCAAACGUUUGUGGUAGCCCAACAAGGGAAAUGGGUGCGCCUACUAAAUUUGAAAGACAUCACCAGCUACAUGACGAUGAAGAUCCUGGUCCUCUAUCUUCUAAUAAGAGAUACGGGAAAGUGAUUGACAAGGAGGGUGAGAAAGAUAUUCCGUUAAUGGAGUUUGUGGACAGACAAAUUUCUCAUUUCCAGUUUAACUCGGAAUUGCAUACAGAUGAUUAUUUGGUGUAUGAUAUAGAUUCUAGAGCUGCAGAGGCUGAUGCUUACCUUCUGGUUAAUCGAGAACAAAAGUCCAAGAAUGGGACUCCGGUGGGGUCCCAUGAUAUUGGAUCCAUUGUCAAACUUUAUGACCGUGAUGAUUCCAUGCCUUUCAAGAGUGUCAAGGUGGAUUCUUGUGUAGAUGAGAUUUCAGGUAGAGAACAUUCGACCGUGGAAGAUUCUAGUAAUGAUGUGAUCCAGGGAAAUGAUAGUGGUUUUAAGGGUAACGAUGGCUGCGAGUGUAAGCCAAGUACUGGACUUCAAGGUUCUCUUGAUGGUUCGUUGCCACUUUCUGGUUGUCAUAAAGUGGAAUCCUGCUCUGGUGUCCAGUAUGGGGAUGAUGCUAUUAAUUCUUUCUUCAUGGCAGCUAUGGAAAACCUCUCUAAAGAUUUCAACAGAGGAGCUUAUGAAAUUAACGAGAUGAUUGACAGUGAUGAGUCUAAAUGUUCCGUCAAUCCAGCAAACUGCAACAUGGAUGACCAGUCUUCAACUCUUCUUGGUGAAGUAGAAAAUAGAGCAUCAUCAGAUGCUUUCAGCUUUUCAGAACAGACAAAUUCUUCGAUGGGAUUUUGUGGUUCUUCUGAUGCCCUACCUAGCAAAGAAAGUGUUGGUGUGUGUGUGGAUGGGAAAAUGCAAGUCUCUGAUGUGGAUGUCUCAGAAAGAAAUAACGCUGUACAGUGCUGCCCUAACAACAAAAAACUCGAACUUAAGAUGUCAAAGAAGGUUGCUGUAACUAAGAUUCCUUCUAAUGUUACAGCAUUCCUUGGAACUGGCCUUUUGGAUGGCUGUCCAGUCAGAUAUAUCAAUCCUGGAGAGCAGAAAAUACUUCAUGGAACAAUAAAAGAUGGUGGAUUUUUGUGUAGCUGCUCCUCUUGCAAUGGCUCCAAAAUAGUCACUGCACUGGAUUUUGAGCGUCAUGCUGGUUGUUUAACGAAACAUGCAUACUCAUACAUCUUUGUACCAAAUGGGAUGCGACUAUAUACAGCAGUUCGAAAAUUAAGGGAUGCUUCUCGUAGCAUGUUGGAUGAAAUGGUCAGAUCUAUAACUGGGUUGGCACCAAAAGAUGGCCAUUCUUCUCAUUGUGAUGGGAAAGAAUUGAUUCAACCACCAAUUGAUGAACUUCCAAGAUUUCGAAGAAAGCGCAAAAUGUCUCAACAUUCUCCAGAUGACUCAUAUGUCCAGACUCGCAGAAGACGUGUUGUGCCUCGACGUUUUCGAGACAAUUCAUAUGUCCAUACUGACAAAAAGUGUAGUGUACGCCAACAUUACUCAAAUAAUUCGUGCAUUCAGGAACGCAAAAGAAAGGUGUUAAAACAUUCUUCAGACAAUUUAUUUGCUCAGACAGCUGCUAGCACAAGGCCUUCGUUGUCAAUUAAAAUAUCUGGCCCCAAAGUUGGUGCAGCUGCCUUGCGAUUGGAGCAAACCAAUGAUCCUCAAAUUUCGGUGGAGGAAACUGAGCAGAGAAAAAUCAAGCUGAAGAUUUCAAUGAAGACAAGCCCAAAGGAUUCUGUUUCCAUCUGUGCAAUGCAAAAGGCAGAGACCCCCCAUGAUGCGAUUGGAGAGAAGUUACCAGAAUUGGUCAAGGCGAGUGAUCCCAAAGAUUUUGAUCCUAAGGAGAAUGUUUCCAUCUCCUCAAUGCUACAUUCCAGUGGCCAUGCAGUUGGGAAGAAGAAAAAAAAGGAUACCAGUUUGCACAAAUUGAUCUUCAUGUCAAAUGGACUGCCUGAUGGGACUGAAUUAGCUUAUUAUAUCAGGGGAAAGAAAUUACUUGAGGGAUAUAAACAAAGGAAUGGUAUAGUUUGUAGCUGCUGUAAUGCUGAGGUUAGUCCUUCACAGUUUGAGGCUCAUGCUGGAUGGGCAUCAAGGCGCCAACCUUAUCAUUAUAUCUUUACUUCCAGUGGACUUUCACUUCAUGAAAUCUGUGUUUCCUUGUCAAAAGGCCAGAAGCUCACUGCUAGCUACAAUGAUGACCUCUGUACCAUGUGUGGAGAAAGCGGUGACCUCCUCCUUUGUGAUAGUUGUCCUAGAGCUUUUCAUGCAGGUUGUCUGGAAGAGCAAAAAAUUCACGAUGGGAGUUGGUAUUGUCCAUAUUGCAAGGAUAAGGCUGUCCAUGGAUCCACCAUAUUUGGUGGUGAAUCACAAAUAAAUGCUGUAUCUGGUUCCAACUUUGAAGAAAAGAAGCGCAUAACUAUUCGUUGCAAACGUGUUAUCAAAAUGCCAACAACAGACAUUGGCGGUUGCGUUGUUUGCAGGGCUCAUGAUUUCAGCAAGGGCAAGUUUGAUGAGCGAACUGUGAUGCUUUGUGACCAAUGUGAGAAGGAGUUCCAUGUUGGCUGUUUAAGGGAAUCUGGAUUGUGUGACCUAAAGGCACUCCCAAGGGGAAAAUGGUUUUGCAAUGGUGCUUGCAAUGAUAUUCAUUCUGCUCUUCACCAACUAAUAGCCAGUGGACCUGUAACCCUUCCUGAUGCAAUUUCAAGCAUUAUAGACGGAAAGUGUGAAGAAAAAAAUUUGAAUUUGGAUGUUGUGAAUGUGAAAUGGCAACUUCUUAGUGGUAGAAUUGCCUCUCCAAAUAGCAGGGUGCUUCUCUCAAGAGCUGCUGCCAUCUUCAGAGAUUGUUUUGAUCCAAUUAUUGAAAUGUCAGGCCGUGACCUGAUACCAUCAAUGGUCUAUGGUAGAAACAUUGGAGGUAGAGAAUUUGGAGGAAUGUUUUGUAUCGUUCUGAUUGUAAAUUCAGUAGUUGUAUCAGCUGGAGUGCUUAGAAUUUUUGGACAGGAAGUUGCAGAACUUCCUUUAGUUGCAACGAGACGAGAAAACCAAGGGCAGGGUUACUUCCAAUCCUUGUUCUCUUGUAUCGGGAGCUUAUUGGCUAACUUGAACGUGAAGAACCUUGUUCUCCCUGCUGCUGAAGGAGCUGAAUCUAUUUGGACAAAAAAAUUUGGUUUUAACAAGUUGUCUGAUGAAGAGUUACGGAGGUAUACGAGGGACCUGCCGAUGAUGGUAUUCCAGGGGACGUCCAUGCUUGCGAAGGAGUUGCCCCAACCGCAGAUUUGCUGCAGUGGCCCCGUUACCAAGUUGUAGAUUCAGAAUUGUUUCUUCUGCACCGAUGUGUUUUUUUCUCUCCUCUUUUGUAGUAAUCGUCGCUGCGAAUUUUUUGUUGUAGGAAAGCAGCACGUUGUUGAAUUUUUAGCUUGGUUUCUCCUUGGAAAUCCAUAUGAAGAAAAAGAACACCUGGUGAAUAAGAUGAAAGAGAAAAAGUUGUAUAGUUUUAGAUGGGGGGCAAGGAACAUAGGUCGCACACUUGAUUCUUUGAUUAAAUAUGAAAAGGAAAGUUCGUAUUUUGAUUAA